GGCUUGAGCAGGGAUGACCGGGGUCCGCUGUCGUGGCCCGCGCGAGAGCCACCGACUGCGUCCAACCGCUCAACUAUGUUCGCGUUACGGCGGUGCGCAUCAACUGCUAUCAAGUCGACUUGGAGUGUCUCAGCCUCUGUACCGCGUCUGGCUGCUGGCAUCCGCUUUUACUCCGACGAGACAAGCACUCCAGAUAGUAGCGCCGCUGCGCAGUCGAUCCGGUUGAAACCCUUGGGCGAUAUUCAUUCGAGCUCUACCCCACAAAGUAACAGCGCACAGGUAUGGGGGUUCCUGGUGCAGACGGGGAAAAACAUAACGAAUGGGGCUGGCGACAACGCGGAAGAAAAGUGGAAGAAACGGGAAGCAAGCGUCGUGCAAAAUCUCCAGAAGCCUGAUAAUCCCUAUACCGGUCGCAGCGUUGCGGUACACAACCAUGAAGUUGGCGCUGCGUUUACCGCCUUGAGGAGGAUUAUGUCUGCAAAUGCGGUUGCCAGGGAACUCAGACUGGUGCAGAGACACGAGAAGAAAGGUGUCAAACGUAGACGUCUCAAAAGUGAGCGCUGGAGAAGACGAUUUGCCCAUGAGGUGAGGAAGAAGGUGAAAUUGGUAAACGAGAUCCGUGCUCGUGGAUCAUGAAAAUAUCCUACUUUGCAUUGCUCUUGUUUUCUUCACUGUCUGCAAUGUGCAUGCCGUCAAC